AUGAUGGCCCUGGAGGUGUGCUGGGGCGCUUGCGGGAAAGUGGAGAGUCUGAGCACCAACUCCGCCAAGUCCUUCGACGGAAGCGUGGCCACCUUCGAUGCCAGCGAGAACUUCUUGCAGUUCGGCGGCCCUGAGGAGUUGCCUCCGGGUGCCUCCAUCAAGGCCAUCAUCAAGGAGAAGGGCAUGGCCCGGGACGAGCCGGAGCACUGGCUGAAGCGCGUGGGGGAGGGCCUGGCCGCCGGGGUGAUGCUGGCAGAGGAGGCGGCCCACCACCGGCGGAGCUGGGGUCUGCCCAAGGCGCACACCGAGCCGCUGCCUUUGGAGGUGCUGCGGCGCUCGGAGGACUUUGUGGAGCUGGAUUUGCCCAUCUCGCGCACGGCGGGCGGCGGCGUGCCCUGCGCCAUGGGCUGCUUCCGGGCCUCGGAGGCCGGGGACUUCGUGCGGCUCCAGGUGCGGUGGCUCAGCUUCAGGAAGCUCAAGCAGAUGUGGGUGGGCUCGGAGGACCUGGGGGGCAGCAACAGCCUGAAGCCGCCCUUGGUGGAGCUCCGGCACCGCGACCCCAAAACGGUGUACGAGCCGAUCGGGGUGGAGCAAGUGCUGAAGAUGGAGCGCGCCGAGCGGAUCAUAGAGACCUGGAGGAGGUACUACGAGGGCGAUCCCGUGUACGAUCAUUUGGGAACCAGCCUGCCAUCCUGCAAGCGGGUCCGAGCUGUACACGGAGUGAACCGCGCGACGGAGAAGGCCUUCGCUCUUCGGGUGAACACGGUCCGGCUGAAGAAGUCCCAGAUGUUGACUCGUCUCACAUUGGACGACGAGGCGAUGGUCUCGGACAGUGGGCUUUCCAUCAAAGGAGGCAUUGUCUACUUCAACGGCUCGGACGCCGAGCUCAGCGGUGAUGGCGUGGUCAAUGCUGCAAGCAUGAACGUUUGCCAGCAGUGGGCAAAGUCAGGGGUGGAUGUCGGAGUGACCUUCUUGCCAGGUGUGGAGCACAGGGCGAUGUUGGCGGAUUCAUUCUUUCACCAGGCCAUUAAGCAGGUCGUGCUGACUCCCGAAGAGAAGGCCCAGCCCGGCGCCAGCUUCUCCAUCGCCGGCAGCUUCAACGAGUGGAGCAGCGAGGUGAUGACCUGGGACGGCACUUGCUUCGUGUACGUGGUGCGCAUCGGCGCGGGCGGCAGCGAGAGCUUCCACGUCCUGGCGGACGGCAGCUGCGAGGCCGUGCUGUACCCCAGCGUGAAGGACGCCAACCCGAAGGUGCAUCACACAGUGCAGGGCCCGGAUCGGAAGCCGCCCCCGGGGUUUCUGUGGACCAUCGCCUCCAAGAUAAUUCUGAAGGACGGCCUGCCACAGGGCACCGGCAUCAAGGUGAAGCUAGAGGUGAACGACGCAGGAGCAGCCCAGCGGGUGCUUUGGGAUCCCUUCGUGCCGCUCCAGCCUGUGAGGGACGGCGCCUGGCAGGUGGAGGCGGGCGGGACGUGGAUGGACUUCCCGGCCAGCGCGCAUUCGCAGCUCUGUGCCGCGCGGGCCAAGCUGAAGCCGGAGACUACCAUCGAGAUGAACGGGCGGCGAUACAAGAUUGACUUCUUGAACAUGCUGCAGACCAACUUGGCCACCAAGAAGCAGAUGCCACCCGCGCUCUUCGCGCUCGCCGUGCCCUUUGCGCUCUUUGCACUUUCCUCGCCCCUGUGGCUGGCCACUUGGCGCUUUGGCGCUUUGCACUUCGGCAGAGCGCAACAGAGGCUGUGGCGACAAAAGAGGCUCUCCGGGCGCGCGAGGCGCCGGGCAAGGCUGGCGCCGAAAGUCCUGCCUCACGCGGCACUGGGAGGCGCGGGCGGCUUUCGCUUUCGCUCAUCCGAGCGGCCGGCCGCAGGUGGCGGUGCGGGGGUGCGCCGCCGUUGCGCGAGUGCCGCGCAGGGUGAUAGACAGCCGGACGACACGGAGGUCUGGCGCCGUGCCGUCGCGCAGCUGCCCCAAAGCUUGGCCCAGCGCGCGGCGGCGCGGGCCCAGCGCGCGGCGGUGAUGCUGAGUUGGCAGCCGCCGCCCCCGCCGGUGCGGUCUCCGGCUCCAAGCGCCCGGGCCGCUCCGGCAAGGACCCCUCCGCAACCUGGAGAGCCUUCGCCGAAGACGGUGCCUAUCUUCUACCCGCCCGAGAUGCGAGGACCAUACACCGGCCGGGAGCUGCCAGAUGGCUUGAAGGUCUACAUUGCGACGCCUGCCUACGGCGGUCAGGUCACUGUGGACUACAUGACUUCUGUGAUCAACAUGGUCACACAGCUAAAGGAGGUCGCCUGGCAGCUCUCCCUGGUGGCCGGCCAGUCCAUCAUCACGGUGGGUCGAAAUAACGCAGUCAUGGAAUUUCUUGCCACAGACUGCACCCACCUGCUGUUCCUGGACGCGGACGUGGCCUUCUCCGUGGACACCAUCCGCAAGAUGCUGGGGGAAGACAGAGAUGUGAUCCUGGCACCGUAUCCGGCGAAGAGCCUGAACGAAGAGAGGAUGCAGGAGUCGGCCAUGCGCCGGGGCGGCCCCGCCAGGCUAGCUGACGGCUUGCACUACGUGCUGCAUGCCCAGCCAGCUCAGGUGCAAGCAGCGUUGGCGCAGGGCUCCUCGCUGGUUGAGGUGGAUGCUGGCCCAACAGGCUGCAUGCUGAUCAAGCGGCAGGUCUUCCAGAGGCUGAUGGAGGCCUACCCGGAGAUGCACUGCCGCAUCACGGGGUCCCACGCUGGCAAGGCCCAGUGCUACGACGUGUGGUGGCGCUUCUUUGACACUGCUGUGGAAAAUGGUGAGUUCUUGGGCGAGGACAUCGCCUUCUGCCGGCGCUGGCGGAACAUCGGUGGACAAAUCUGGGCGGACUUGGGGGCAAAGAUGACCCACGUGGGCCGCUAUGCAUACACGGGGAACAUGUUGGAAGCUUCGCCAAUGGGCGACCGGUGA